CCACUUUUAUUGGAAGAAGGAGUAUCAGAAUCGUGGGGCUCCUCAUUACCAUGUCCUACUCUGGAUUAGAGAUGCACCACUCAUUGAUAGAGACGAUCCCGAGAAGGUGCUAGACUGGAUCCAGGAUAGAAUCACCUGCCACAUUCCCGAUGAACAGGGUAGCCCUGAGCUGCACAGACUAGUCACCAGGUACCAGAUGCACAAGUGCAGCAAGUACUGUAAGAGGCGGAAAAGGUGUGGCAAGACAGCAUUCAUCACCAGGUGUAGGUUCGGGUUUCCCAGGCCAGUGUGUGAGACUGCUCAGCUCAACCCCGUCCAGGAGAGCCUGAAAUCCCGUAACCGAAUUUACCAGUUGGUCCGUACUCUGGCUGAAACAAGGGUGAAUGACUACAGCCCCACUGUUAUUGAUGCUGUGGAAGGCUAUAUAGACAUUCAGUUUGUAGCCGAAGCCUCUCUAGCUCUUGCUCACUAUGUCAGUGGCUAUGUCACCAAGGCUGAGCGUAGCAACAUGCAAGACAUCUGGCAGGAAGUUAGUGACACUAAGAGCAUUUACAGUCGCCUUUUCAGCUUUGGUGUUAGAAGUUUACGGUUCAGAGAGUGUGGUCUGUAUGAGGCCAUGAUCUACUGCUGGGAGACCACCUCACUGAGAAGUCUGACACAGUCAAGUGGGUAGACGUCUCCAUGCCACACAAAAGAUCCCGUAGACUGAAGAACCACAAAGUCUUACAAGAAAUGGCUAGGCUGAACCCAGAUAGUCAGAACAUCUUUGAGGAUAAUGUCUUAGAUAUAUUCUAUCCUCAGAGACCAGCCACCCUUGAGAAUGUUUGUUUGUAUGACUUUGUGGCCAAUUAUGAGUUUCAGGGUGUUAGACACCAAAUGGUCAGAGAGUGUACAAGAAACUAGCAAGCCUAAACUCCCUAACCACAAAAUCUUGACCCUGAAAAUGAGAACCAGAAACAAGAUUAUUUCUACUCUCUGGUGUUACUGUUCUCUCCAUUUAGAGAUGAGAGUAGUUUACUGCAGGGUAAUGAGACAGCUGAGCAGGCAUUUCAUAGACUACUCACUAGCCAGAGCUCAAGCUAUCACUCGAAGCUGAGGACAGUGUUAGCAGCAGCAUCAAAUGUAAAGAGCAUUAAUGAAGCGCGUCAGGCCAACAUGGAAGAAAAAAGAAGCUAAAGAAGACAAUGAGCCUCAGCUGCUAGGUGAAGCUAGAACAGCCAUGACUGAAGUUCUAGACAUGAAAGCCAGUACCCCUGGUCAGCUGACUCUAAAUGAGAGAGUGUCCAUGCUGAAUCAGGACCAGAAGAGAGUCUUUGAGAACGUCAAGGCUCACUUCCUGCACCAAAAGUGUCACGAGGCAAAACAGUGUUCGUGUGAUUUUGCACCUCUUAGAUUGUUUGUUAGUGGUGUGGGUGGUACUGGUAAAUCGUUUCUCAUUGAGGCCAUCAAGGCCCUAGUGAACAGUCUGUGGAAUAGUGAAGGCCUCCUCUGUGGUAUUGCAGCACCAACUGGGCUUGCUGCAUUCAAUGUCGGAGGUAUCACUAUCCACAGACUCUUCCAACUCCCUGUUGAGCAUGCUACCAAAGCCACUAGCUAUUGGCCACUGCCCAAAACAUCCCAGAAGAUCAUGAGAGCAACUCUCUCUGAAGUCAAGUUGUUUAUUGUAGAUGAGAUUUCAAUGGUUUCCAGUAUCAACCUGGCUUUUGUACACAUGAGACUAGAGGAGUUGUUUGGUAGCAGUGAGUGGUUUGGGUCUCGGAACAUGCUGUUUGUAGGUGACCUCCUCCAACUCCCACCUGUCCAUGGGAAUCCUGUUUUUGAGAAGGUUGCCACUAAAUCAAUCCUGUCCCAACUAGGGUGUGCAGCUGCCAUCAAUAUUUGGAGAGAUUGUGUUACGUAUGAUGAGUUGACUAUCAAUGAACGGCAGAAAAAUGAUCCACAGUUUUCCUCCAUGUUGGACUGUGUGAGACGUGGUUGUCCAACCAAGGAAACUGUGAGUGUGUUGAAACAGAGGGUCAUACAGGUGUCUGUCUCAGACAAGUUUUCUGAGCUACAACAGUCUGGCAAGGCACCUGUUUGCUUAUUCCCCAAAAGGAAAGCGUGUGAUGACCUUAAUGCACAAAUGCUCCGCAAGAAUGCUUCCGAAGUGCAUGACAUUUAUUGUACUGAUGAGAUUGACGAAACAGCAGGCAAUAGGAAGAUGACCAAGAAGAUCAUUGAGCAUUUGGAUAAACUGAACGCUGACUGCAACAUGACAGCUGGGUUGGAAGCCAAACUGUCUCUUGCAGUCGGUGCACGAGUCAUGCUACGUCGCAACAUUGACACCAAGGCUGGGCUGGUCAAUGGUGCUAUUGGUACAGUGCUGUCAAUAGCAGCCCAGCAUGUGACAGUGCAGUUUGAUAAUGUACCUGCUCCAUGUAAGAUUGAUAAGGUCAGAAGCAGGUUCAUGGUGAUGAAGAAUUUCUAUGUGUAUCGUAGACAAUUCCCUCUCAUUUUAGCCUAUGCAAUUACCAUCCACAAGUGUCAGGGUCUGUCAUUAGACUGUGCCAUAGUAGACCUGUCUGAGGAGGUAUUCAGUGAUGGAAUGGCAUAUGUGGCUCUAUCCAGGGUUAGGUCACUAGAUGGUCUGUUCCUAACAGCCUUUGAUCCCCAGUCCAUCAGUGUUAGUGUGAGUUCCCUGGGGGAAGUAAACCGCCUCAGAAAAACCCAUAGACCUGAUCUUCCUCUGUAUGAUAUACCACACAUCUCUAAAAGAAAGAGGAAGCUCACUGGUGUAGACAAAACUGUUUCCCCAAGUGUAAAAAAGGUCAAGGUGAAUCCCUCAUCUGCAAGGGAUAAUGAGGACUGUGUUAUUACAGGUACAGAAACACCUGCUGCUAGUCCUUUCAAUUUCCACUCUGUAGAUGUACAGUGGCAGCAAAGUGCAUGCCAAGAGCUGGGCCUCCAAUAUUGUACACAAACACCAGUAAGACCAGGAGGACCCGCUGUCCCCCUCACACGUCCAGACAUGCGUAGUGUGAGACGCGUACAGGGAGAUGGUAACUGCCUCUUUCGAGCAUUUUCUUACAUUCUGACAGGGUCUGCAGAUCAGCAUAUUGGUGUACGACAUGCUAUCCUUGACCACAUGACAAAUAAUGCCCAAUAUUUCCUAGGCCACCAUCUCGUAGGCUAUGACAGUAUUCAAAGUUAUAUAGCUUCCACAGGUAUGGACCAAGAUGGCACCUGGGGAACUGACAUUGAGAUGCUGUCUUUGGCACACCUGCUCCAGACCCCUGUCUUCUCAUACAGCCAGCAGCAUGGGCAGUGGCAGCGGUACUCUCCUCAUGAUGUCGACAGACAACUGAUGGAUGACAUUCACCAGAGGUCUAUGUAUCUAUUGCACACAGGAAACCACUUCAAUGUUGUUGGUUCUAUAAGGAAGAGUUAAAGAAGCCACAUGUGCUCAUAUAGACUAUACAUGGGCUCUCUGAGCAUGUUGGGGAAGGAGAGGGUGGGUCCCUGCAAUUUAUUGAGGUGGCUUCCCCAUUUCAUGCUAUAACCACUGUAGAAAGUGUGAUUUACAUGUCCUGUACAUGACUUCUGAACAUGUUGGGGAAGAAGAGGGUGGGUCCCUGCAAUUUAUUGAGGUGGCUUCCCCAUUUCAUGUUCUAACCACCCUCCUAAAGUCUCAGACUUCAUGGAGCUGACUGGUUUCAAGUGUAGGGAAACUGCACUGUCUUUACCACAAAGUUUUAGGGGACUGUAACUGCAUCACAAAGUUGAGGGUAGCACACUGUUAGAGGUGAAUGUCUGUACACUGACAAUUGUGUUGUAUGCCAACAGUAGUGAGUAAUCCCUCAGGAGACUGGUCUUAGCUCUGACAGAAUAUUAUCCUCCUCCCUUGAGGAGUGCACUCUACAGUCAGUAGCUAUGCCUGUCGGGGUACUACUACAUUGAAGCUACACACUACUCACCUAAACAUCAGUGCACAUAACUAUUGUAUGCAGUAUAUCAGCACCCUUCCUACAUGCACCUUCACAUAGUAUUCUGAACAAGGUGGUUACUAUUUAUAGGCUCCUCUUUUCUUACAACUACAUAUAUAUUAUCUGGUUUUCCCCUGGGAAGCUUUCUACCUCUGCAGGUCUUUAAAGGCUGUGAUCUUCUGUCUAAGGGGCACUGGUGUCUCAACCAUAGCUGACCUGUCAGAGGAAGGAGAUCACUGUACUCAGCUUAUCAGGGGCCUUAGCAGGUGCUGUGCACUUGUCAGACCUGGACCCUACAAGCUUCUACUACACAUCCACUACGCUCUUUGGCCUCCACCUUUGACUUCAGCUGGGUAGACCACUUCAAAAGAGUGAACUCCUUGCACAACAAAUCACAUUCAUUAUAAUUAUGUUGAUGUCUC